GCCCAACGUCUCUUUUCAACUUUUUCAAAAUUUAAAAUUUAAAACGAGAAAAGUAAGAUCCUUUAUACUACAACCAGUUUGGUAACUUGAAAGGCAGAAUUAACAUACUUUCCCUGUUAAGAAUCAGAACCCCACUCCGCCCAGCCCUUCAAAUCAAAUUUCUUCAUCUCUCUCUUUCUCACAAUGGCGUUGAGACCCAUUGAUAAUGCUCUUCCAACAACACCAGAAAGGCCCAAAAAGCAAGCAAAAGUUGUGGUUCCAAUCCAAAAACAAUCUGAUUCUAUUGUCAAUGACGAGAACAAGGCACCCACUGCUGCUGAUGCCACUGUUGAAUAUAUUUUGUCUGAAAAUCUCGAGGCCAUACCAAAUCCUGAGUCCAAGAUCCAAAGCUUGAUUGAAGGGUUAGAGUCAAAGGAUUGGAUAAAAGUUUGUGAGUCACUGAAUGAUGUCAGGCGAUUUGCGUUGUAUCAUUCUACUCUAUUGCUUCCGCUCUUGGAAAAAGUAGUGUUGGCGUUGGUGAAGGCCAUGAAAAAUCCAAGAAGUGCUUUGUGCAAGACCUCUAUUAUGGCUUCAUCUGAUAUUUUCCAUGCCUACGGUGACAAGUUCCUCGACUCCUUCCCAUCUGAUGCAUUUGACCAAUUGCUGCUGCAGCUACUACUGAAAGCGUCCCAAGACAAGCGAUUUGUAUGUGAAGAAGCAGACAAGGCACUAAGCGCAAUGGUGGGGUCAAUGACUCCCUUGCCUCUGCUUAAUAAGCUCCGCGUGUAUGUUAGCCAUGCCAACUUUAGAAUCAGAGCCAAGGCUGCCAUUUCCAUCUCAAAUUGUGUUUCUAAGAUGGGGCUAGAAGGAAUGAAAGAGUUUGGGUUAGUAGAAUUGGUUCAAAUGUCUGCAGAUUUAUUGAAAGAUAGACUGCCUGAGGCAAGAGAAGCUGCAAGAAGUGUUGUGAUUUCAAUAUAUGAGGCUUUUACAGAGAGUGAAGAGCAGAAGCAGGAGGCAUGGCAAAGCUUUUGCCAGUCUAAUUUAUCACCCAUUCAUGCUCAGUCCAUGUUCAAGAUUAUCCCUUCUUUAUAGAACUUAGGGUAGCAGUGUGAGGGUGGUAGCAGUAGAACUUGUCACGGCAAGAGGCCCUGUAAUUGUUUCAUGUAAAUGCUGGUUUUUACAUGAAAUCUACGCGUGGAAAAAUGUUGAGAUUUU